UUGGCUGAUCUUCCAGGAUGUGAGUGCUAGACUGGUUAUUUCACUGACAAGCGUUUACUCGUAUCCUAUGUAAAGUCGUAUCACUGUGGACGGGCGGAUAACGGAUUGCUGUCUUCUGAAAAUCACGGCAUCCUCAUCAUCAGCAUCACUAUCAUCAUCUCCGGCACCUAAAACAUUACACGCGCACAACUCGGCGCGUUUAGAACGCUCGGGCGUUUGUUUACAUUCCGCCUUUGGAGAAUCCGUUUACAUUGCUCUCUUGGAAUGCCUUUGUGACGUCAUGGAGGUAGACGUUCUGUUUAGAGUUUUAAAAUGAACACCUGUUAUGUUUCAAAUGGCAUGUUCGUUGCGCAAAAAGAAUAAGAGAGGCGACGUUUUAAAUUCACGCGGACCUACUGAAGCCUUUUAAUCUCCGGCAGCACAACUAAAGCCGUUUAGGGAUCCAUUUAGUGAUAAGCCCGACUGCUGCUGUCUGCACCAACAGGGAACAUGGAUGGUGAGGAAUUUGCAAUGACGAUGAUGAUGAUGAGUGCACUCGUAUGGCUGCUCUGCUCCCGUGGAAACUAGAAGACACUAUCAUCCAGCGUGUUAUUCACUAGCCUUAGACUGUUUUUCGUGGAUUUUCAGUGAGAAACUUAUCCGUAUUCCCUUGCAAACAUGGGCAAAGAUGAAUGCAAGACCAUGUUGGACGCUCUGAACAAAGUAACAGCUUGCUACAGGCAUCUGGUUAUCGCUUUGGGGAGCACAUCCGAUUCCCAAAACCUGCGUGAGGAACUUAAAAAGACUCGAAAGAAAGCCCAGGAGCUGGCAGUGGCCAACAGGACUAAACUGACAGCUCUUCUGAAGGACAAAAGCAUCAGUAAAGAUGAUCGAGCAGAAUACGAGCGCCUCUGGGUGCUCUUCACCAGCAGCAUGGAACUCCUGGAGGUGGACAUGAAACGAUCCUUGGAGAUAGGACAGGAUUUUCCUCUCAAAGUGCCAACGAGACACCUCAUCCAGACGGGAAUGACUGGCAGCACCACCACCGUGGCUGCUCGAGCCAUGAGCGUCCAAAACAUGAAGUACGAAGCCGAUGCGAACAUCGACACGGUGGACCUCAAAGAGCUGGAGACUGAGAUCGCUCAGGUGGACCAGAUGAUGGAGGAGAUGGAGAUGAAAGUCCAGGUGGCGCCGUGGGCUGUCGAGGCGAAACAGGAAGCGGGUGCCGAGUUGAAAUCCACCGUCAGUGUUGGGAAUUCAUCAGUUGGUGUCAUCUCGAUCUGCGAGGAGGAACCCAAAGAAACGGUGGAAGGAGAAACUGGCUUGAUGAAAGUAUUUGCGGGGAUAAUUUUUACUGCUGUUUUACUCAUAGCUGGAAUUCUGGGGUACCUGGUGAUUAAUCUAUAAUGUAUAGUUUGACAUGUAUAUCGGGACGACAGUAGCUCAGGGCUUUAGAAUUUCUUAUGGAGGAAGCAACACGUUGUUACAGUAGGCCUGUCAAUUUGCUGAGGCAAUUUAUGAUGCUCUUGAUGUGGAGAUAAGCAGAUCACCUGGGUAUUAGUAAAAUGCAUCAGUGUUUAAAGGAAAAAGCCAAAAGGAAUAAAAACUCUUCCAGUUGUCCGUCAUGACCGCUUUCUCAACCCCUGAAGGUUAAAAAACUGAGCAGUUUACAAUCAGAAUUGGGAUUGUCUCCGAAAAUGUUUUACUAAAGCUACUUUAAAGCUAGAAUUUGAAUUGUAAAUCAAUUGUCAGUUGUCAAACUGGCUGUUUCAUCGCUCUUCAAAGACCUGCAACCCGAAGAUUACAACUUUUGUGACCCUCUGACAGAGCAUCAGCGGGUUGUGCGUAUUUAACAGGUAUUUGUUUCACAGUUUAUAUAGGUAGGUGACAUAUUUAAGGUUGCUCAUUGUGUUUCUGACCUCCUGAAGAUUCUUGUUAGUCCCUCUGCAAUCUAUUGGUUUAUGUCUCUGAAAAUGGCCCAUCACUGACUGAUUGUACUCUUGAUAAACAGGCCUUAGGUGUGUUCAGAAAACAGUCUAGUAUAUAGUUCAUUUGUACAUAUGAACUGUACUCAUGUUAAAUUAGUGUACAUAAAAUAUAUUUAUUAUAAUAAAUGAAGUAAAUUAUGCUUGU